AUGUGUGAGAGGAUUCGGGCGACACGUCAAUCGCCACAGAAACCAUAUCUGAACUCUGAGCUGCUUGUAGCCUUUCGCGUGCCGUUUGCUGGGCAGGAGAAGCCGGAGGCUGAGAAGCCAGCCGAGCCGGCCGAGCCGGCCGAGCCGGCGGAGCCGGUGGAGCAGGAGAAGGACGCCGAGCAGAUCUCUGGCCCAAAGGUAAAGAGCGUGGCCUUGAACGUAGCAGACUCCACGCUAAACGUGAUUCCAUAUGGACGUUUGGUGAGGACUUUCACAGAGGGUGGCAUGCAGUAUCUCUUGGCUGGCGUGCGCGCAGACACGGGCAUCAAGUCCGGUCGCUACAUGUUCGAGGUCCGGAUAGCAGAGACCAUAACCCCAAUGGAGACUGGGGAUAGAACGCCGCAGCCGAAGCAGCUCCUCCGGGUGGGCUUCUCCCUAGCCCAGAGCUCCCUGUUUUUGGCAGAUGGGUGCGACAGCUUGUGCUUCGAUUCGGAAGGCUUGUUCAUCCAUGACAAGACACGGAAGAAGGCAACCCCCAAAUUCCGUGAUGCUACGGUGGCGGUGCUGCUCAACUUGGACCAGUCCAGCCCGAACAAGAACACCGUGAGCCUGUUCUUGAACGGCGUCAGGUCGUGUCAGCCCCAGGCCAUACCGGAGCACCUCUGUGGUAAGCCCCUAUAUCCCACACUUUCCUACAAGAACGUGUCUGUGGAAGUGAACUUCGGGCCCACUCCGCGCAAGACACUGCCGUUCAGCUGCCACAUGCUGGCAAGUGCGGCAGCGGCAGAUGUGGAGGCCUCUCCCUGCAAAGCAGCCGGGAAGAAGCCCGAGGUGGUUCUGCCAGUUGGCUUGCCCUCUCAAGGUUUCUUCGAUUGGGUGGACGAGUUCGUGGAGAAAAACCCAGGUUACAUCGAGCUGAGUGACCGAAAGAUCUUGGAAUGGGCGCAGAAGAGCGGCCUGUGGAAGCCAAAGGCAGGAGGAUCCUCAGACAAGCCUGAGGCCAAUUUUGGUGUCCCUGCUCUGGACGACUGGAGCGUGCGCCGGGUCCUUGCAAGCGUCUCACCCGCCCUCCCUCGCAACUACGUCAUCGGCGAGCUGAAGGCCAACCUAAUUGCAGCCGACAGAGAGGCCACUCUCUGCAGGUUCAAUCCACAGGACUUCGCUCGAAAGGCUGUAGUGGUCAUGGGGGAUCCAACUCCAGAGUACAAGGCGCGAGUGCAGGCACUCCUCCUAGCGGAGAAGAGGACCAAGGCGGAGCAGGAGCAGAAGCGCAAGGCUCAGGCAGAAGAGAGGAAGCGCAUGCUGGACUUGAAGCGCAAGAAGGCGGAGGAAGCAAAGAAGGCAAAGGAGGCAGCUCAGAAGAAGAAGGAAGGAAAGGAUGAGAAUGGAGAAGAUGCAAAGGCUGGGGAAGCCGAGGAGACUGCGGAGGAUGUGAAGAUGGAAGAGCCCGUAGUGGUGGAGCUCACGGAGGAGGAGAAGGCGCUUUCCUACCGGACAUCAGCUGUUGUGGACAUCUCGGACCGAGAGUUGACAAAGUCCUUCACCAAAUUCAGCCUUCCGAGCAAGGAAGAGGGCUUCGACUCCGUGAGCUUUGCAUGGCAGUCUGAGGGUGACUGCGGGGCGCUGUUGAAGAAAUGGAUCCUCCAGAAGAAGCUCACUCAGCGAGCUGAGGAUUUGCAGCCUGGUUCCGGCUUCAAGGAGGCAUGGACCAAGUGGCAGAAGACCAUACAGGAUUGGAGGCGGCGUCAUGCAGACUACAAAGAGCCCUCAAAGCGCAAGGCCAUGGCGGCAAAGAAGCUCGAGGAGGCAAAGAAGGCCAUGGAGGAGGAAAAGAAGAAGCUGAUGGAAGCUGGGGACGAGGAUGCGGCAAAGGCUGUGGAGGAGAAGUUUGCGCAAGACUCUGCCCCGGUGGAGGUCGACUUUGAUGACCUUGACGUCUUUGCAGUAGAGGAUGUGCUGGACCUAGGCAACUGCAUGCCGUUGUUUGCAAACUUCGUGUACGAGGACUGGACCCUGCUCAGCCUGAGAGCAGAACUCCAUCUCCUGCUGCACCACUUCAAGAAAGAUUUGGAUGAUCCAGAUCGGCCAAGCUUUGUGGAAGCUCAUCUAGGGUACUAUUAUCAGAAGUACUUCAAGAAGAGCUGGAACUUCAAUCAAUAUGGUCUGGCAAAGUUCACAGAUUUCUUGGAGAUCAUGAAAGAUGUGCUCACUGCAGACAGCACUUCCGGUUUCCUUCAGGCUGUGCAAGCCGAGGAUGCCACGGUGGAAACCUUUUUGAAGUACACUGAGGACCACAGACGAGAACGAGAGCGCAGAGUGGACGCAGGCGAUGAGACGGCCAAGCUGAAAUUCUCCAGGCCCGCGCCGCCCCCAACACGGCAAGCGGACAAGGGCAAGGGCUCGGUCAGCGGCAAAGGCAGACCUGCUGCUUCUAACACGUAUGAAAGCUCGUACUAUCAGAAGCGGCCAUACCAGUCCUCAUCCGGUGGACCACCAGCCAAGCAGCCCCGUACGUCCUAUGCGUGGAAUGCCGGCUAUAGCCGACGAUAA